UCUUCAACACUAGUUAGUUCCGAUCAAGAAUCUCGAACACAGAGAUUGAUGAUAUAUAUGUAUAUAUACUGAACUGACUUGAUUCUCCGACAAUAAACAUAUCUCUGUUUCCUCAUUGGAUCUUAGAUACCCAGAAGCUUAAAAGCCAAGAAGAACACAACGAAAUCAAUCCGAGGUAAAUUAGUUGUCGGGAGCCAGGAGGAGCCGAGGAGGAGGAAGCAUGGGAGAGGUCUUGACAUGGAUUAUUUCAUUCGUCAUCCUUAUCACUCUUGUCGGACUCAUCGUCUAUCAGCUUAUUAGCUUAGCUGAUCUCGAGUUUGAUUACAUCAACCCUUACGACUCUGCAUCAAGAAUAAACUUUGUGGUGUUACCAGAAUCCAUCCUUCAAGGAUUUUUAUGCGUAUUCUACCUUUUUACGGGUCAUUGGUUCAUGGCACUCCUCUGUGUUCCUUAUCUCUACUACAACUUCCAUCUUUACUCGAGAAAACAGCAUUUGAUAGACGUCACAGAGAUCUUCAACUUGCUCGAUUGGGAAAAGAAGAAACGACUCUUCAAGCUCGCUUACAUAGUCCUCACUCUGUUUCUCACCAUCUUCUGGUUAAUCUAUUCAACACUUGAUGAUGACGAGGACUGAACCGUGCUUGAAGAUACAUCGCUCGGUUUGUUCAAACCCCCUCUCUUGCUACUUGACACUGAGCUUUAAGAGACAGCAGUGUGACGAUGAUAAGGAAGGUUUUGUAUGUUAGUAACUGGUUUUAAGGGGGGGGGGGACUAGAGGUUUUCUCUAAACCAGAUUUAUAGUCCAUUAGAUUGUUGGAUCUUUGUGGUGAAACCAUAUCGGAACCUUCUAACUUAUUCAGAGGUUUACCUUUUAUUUUA